AUGGACAUUACCCAGUGCUCUGCUUUCUACUACCCAGUUCGAGUUUACGACUGGGAUAUUUCAACAGCAUCGCUAACAGCUCGACACCAUCAAAUCUCUGAACAUAUUUCUCGUCUUGCUGCUGAAGCAGGUCGCCUGUACCGAUGUCCAGUCUCAGUCAGCGAAAGUGUGAUGAAUCCAACUCAUGAUCCCAAUUGUUAUGAAGUGAUUUGCUCCAUUACGGUUAACGGACCAACUCCUCAGGUCAUAUCUACCCGUGGACAUUUAUUACGAAAGAGUAUUUCUGAAUAUCGUGUAUUUGUCACGACCAGUACUAGUCUCGUCUUGACAAGCAAAGGAACCGCGCUUCGAGCUUCGUUUAGCCGUGGUCUAGAUGAAAUCAUGAAGGAGGCUGGGGUUCGAAUUACAUGUUAUGGUCAUACUGGAGACGAACCACCACAAGCUGCUAGAGCUUUGACUGGAACAAAUGUAGAGAUUAUAGAAAUAGUGGGUGUACUGGAAGCUGUUGAAAAGGCUAGGGUCAAGACCGUCAUCCUCUUGGACGAAGCAGCUGGACUCAUAUCCGAAUGUAUGGAAAUCGAUCCGAGGUUACAUUAUAUUGUAGCUGGUCGAAAACGAGAAGUCUUGGAAAGAAUUAUGAGAAAAACAUUGACAAAUAUCAUGUUACCCUCACCCAUAUCACGCAUGCCACCAAAGGCAGAGGAUCGCUCAACACCUGAACUCGAUUUUGAUGCCGGAACCAUCUGGAUUACAGGAACUUCAUUGGGUAUUUCCAAAGCAAAGGAAGCAUUGGUGAAUGAAGCUCGACAAAAGGCACUCAUCGUCAUAUCACGGACCGUCCAAUGUUUACCUCGUCGGCUGGAUUGGAUGUUGCUAUAUCGUCGUGACAGCCUGAUAAAAAUUAUGUAUGAUAAUGGUGUAUAUCUUCAGCUACCAUCUCUCGGUGCCGCAAGCAAUGUCGUCGUCGUGACUGGUGAUAAUCGUGUAUAUGUGGAGCGAGCAAUCAAAGCUUUGAUGCACCUGGCUACUGAGCUCUACAUUGCAUGUAUACAAAUAUCACCACUCCCCACCACCCAAACGAACCCUUACCCAGCACCUUCGAACUCCACAUCACCAACUGGUUUCAAACCUGCUGUAUUGAGUGCCAUCAACGAUAAAAUAAGUUUUGCUUCUCGUAUUGCGCGAGCAGAUGUCGUGUUUAGACGUGGUGUUAUGGAAAUCUAUGGUGUGGAGCCUGCUGUAAAGGACUCAUUCCGCAUACUCAGUGAUUAUGAAGUCAUUCAGCCUCUCAUACGAGACACGAAAUUCCAACUUGAAUUGGCAUUAGAACACAAGGAGUUCAUUCUUGGAAAGAAGAACGGUAAAACCAACAAGAUUCUGAAAGCAUCUGGUGUUCGGUUUAACUUCGAAGAACAAUACAACGGCUUCAACAUGUUGGUCGAUAUCUAUCACGUAUCACCAGCACGAGCAUUGGAAGGACUUCAGCUAUUAGAAGACGAACUACCAGCGGAAAUCUCAUUCCAUGUACCAGAGAUCUUCCAUAAACGCAUUAUUGGAGUCGGUGGUAAAAACAUCCAACGAAUCAUGAAAAAGUAUGGAGUCUACGUAAAAUUCUCAAACGCUGAUGAAUUCUUGACAAUGGGAGGCUACUUUGACAACGAGGAUAACGUAAUCGCACGAACUCCAGCCAAGAACGCAAUGAACCUCGGUGAAUUGAAGGCAUCAGUCAUGGAAUUGGUUACAUUGAACGAACGAGUCGAUUACACCUCCGCCAUAUUUGUACCUCGACAUUUCCAACGUAUGGUUAUUGGUCCUCGCGGCCGCAACCUUAUGGAAAUCCAAGCCGAUACAAGCGUAGAUGUCAUCAUCCCUGAUCGUGAGAGCAGUAGCGAUCUGUGGACUAUAAUUGGUAUGGAAGACGCUGUCGAACACGCCAAGCAGAGGAUAAUAGCCUUCAUGCCAGACAUGUACGAGUUCACUAUUCCUGCUUCACCUGCUGCCCGAAAAGUGCUCCCAGAGCCAGAGUUUGGUGAAAGUGUCAUACAACGACUUCACCGAGAACAUGGAAUCGAACUCUUGUAUCAUAUGCCGCGGGAACUGGAUGAACCAUCUGAUUGCAGAAUCAUUCUGUAUCAUUAUAUGGUGCCUCCAGAAAUCCUGAAUGCCGCUCAACGUGUCGUUCCACUGAAACACCAGCCAGCACCAGCAACACGAUCCUCCUCAUACGCAAAGCUGCCAACAACCACCAGCUACGACUCCUUCCGACACUUUGACUCCAAACUUCUUGCACCUGUCGCGACUGCAAGCACUAUAACUGAACAAAUAUCAACCAGUAACUCCAUCAAUGGAUAUAACUUGUUUGCACGUGGUAACGCAAACCACUUCGAUCUCGGUAUCUCAUCAUCAUCAUCUCCAAAAUCUUCAGCCGCCAAAGGACCAAACGGUAGAACUCUACCAAGUGUUCACUCCCUACCAGAUCUACACGCUUUCGUAGAUGCCAAACCGUUUGUGCCUAGUGGGGCUGGAGGUGUUGUGACAACUGCAGAACAACACUCUAUGAGACGUAGUCAUUCCUUCCAACGAAGUGAUACUACACCGGAAAAUGGAGGCAGACCUCGGCCAAAGACUGUUUGGGAUGCACCGGAUCUAAUGAAGAACCAUAGCACCAUCGCAAUGCCUAUAUUUGCUCACACCGAUGGCGCUCUCAUGGCCAUGCUUCCAACCUCUGCAAACCGAGCUCAAUAUGGUUCCGAAAAUACCGCAUAUGGUGGCAUGCAAUUCGAUGCUUUGGAUACCGAAGUCGAGUCAGUGGCCAAGGUUCCCAAUGGUGAAUUUUGUGGCAUGUCCUUGUCCAAGUCUAUGGAUGCAGUCGCUUCUGCUGGUCUGCUUGAAAAGAUCUCUCGUAUUCGACCUCGAAGCACUCUACGAGAUUCCUUCCAUCAAGCAGAAGUCUCAUCAUCAGAUACUGAAUCAGAAGAAGAGAGUGAGGCAGUCAUGAACACUGAAAUGAUUGACCAAAUGUUCAAGUUGGACGGAUUCUCUGGCAAUAGUAAAAUCAAAAUGCUGCUUGAAUCUAUCAAUUGUUCCAAAUAUGCUCCAGUCUUCAUGAGUCAGGAUAUUGAUUUCAAAAUGAUGCUUGAAUUGACGGAAUCAGACCUGAAAGAAUUAGGUGUCAGAACAUUUGGAUCUCGUCGCAAGAUUCUGAACGCCAUCAAAGAAGUCAAGGCUAAAGAAAAAGAAAGUCAACAGGAGCAGGCUCCAAUCCAUAUACAUACAGAAAGUUUUGCUGCUUCGCCACGUCUCUCAUUGGAAGCCCCAUCACGUAUUUCCUCCUCUAGAAGCAGUCCGGACGGUGGAUUCUCACGACUAUCAGGACAAUAA